UGAAGGGAAAUUAUCUUUAACACUUGUAAACAGCAGCAUGCUGACAAGUGAGGAUAAAAGUUUGGAAUCAGCUGUUGUCAAAGUCAUCAAUCCGGAUGAGCAAUGUGAUGGCAGCCUGGAGUUACAAGCAUCUUCUUCCUCUCUAGUAGUAAAAGAGAUUCUUCAAGAGGCGCCAGAGUUAAUCACUCAGCAACUGGCUUAUCUCCUCAGAGGAAGCAUUCUCUUCAAGUGCAUGUCUUUGGAACCUGAGAGAAUUGCAGCGCAGCAGGAGAAAGUGCUGUCAAUUCUUGAGGAAAAGUUUCCAGAGCUGCCCCCACGGCAGGAAAUUAUCUCAGUUCUCCAGGAGAAUCGGUUUAACCCUCAAAGCAUAAAUAUUGAGGAGGUUAUGCUGAAGGAUCUCAAGGAACUUUCAGAUGGAGAAAUCAAAGUAGCAAUUAGCAGUGUGUACAUGACACUGGAGGACUGCGUGUUACACCGGAGUCUCCUUGGUGAUCUGAAAGCAUUCGUAGAUAAGUAUGGGUUUGAUGUGCUUGUCAUUUUGGCCAACUAUUUGUCAGAUGAGGAGGAAACAAGACGACAAAUAGCAGUAUAUUCAGAAAACUUAGAACUAGGCAAUCAAAUCUGCUGCGAAUUAGAAGAAUGUCAGAACCCUUGUUUGGAGUUGGAUCCUCUAGAAUGUGGAUAUGACCAAAUUCUCAUUUAUCACCAAGAAAAUUCUUCGGUGACCUGUGACCAAAUCAUUCUGCUAGUUAAGGAAGUUAUAAGUAGAAGACAACCAGAAAUGGUGUCAAACAGUAGAACUUCUUCUACUGAAGCUGUUGCUGGGAGUGCACCACUUUCACAAGGAUCUUCUGGUAUUGUGGAGUUAUAUGGUUCUGAUGUAGAACCACAACCCAGUUGUGUCAAUUUUAUAGAAAAUCCUCAAGAUCUGAAUGGAUCUAUACCAGCGCAUGUUGAUGUUAAUGUAGAUCUUGUGAGUCCAGACAGUGGAUUGGCCACUAUUAGAAGCAGCCGGUCUUCCAAGGAGAGCUCUGUUUUUCUUAGUGAUGAUAGCCCUGUUGCAGAAGGUGCUGUUCCCCAUCACAGUCUUCUGCCUGGUUUUGAUUCUUACAGCCCUAUUCCUGAAGGCACAAUCACAGAAGAACAAAAACCACAGUCUAGAAACAACAGUGAUAACUUUGAUCUUUUCAAUUUUGAUCUAGCACCUGUGGUUACAGCUCCAUCUGAGUCAUCUUCUCGUUCUGUUGACUGUUCCCCGGCAGAUGAUUUUUUUCUUAAUAGUGAUUCAUCAGAAGGACAACCACCCACUGUGCAGAAAGAAUUCAAUGAGGCAAACCUACUAGAAAAUGACAUAGCGAAUUAUUCAACUAACUUACUAAUGACAACAAAUGAGGAAGACAAUUUAGCUGAAUUUGAGGGGAAUCAAGAAGAUAUAUGUGAGAAAACUACAAGCUUGAUUGAUUUGGUUGAAGGUGAUUCUUCUUCACCUGAAAUAUUGAAAUCUGCUGAUACAAGAAUCCCACCAGCUCCUAUGAACAGCCUUGUAGAGACUUCACCAUUAGAUAAUGGACAGCCUUUGUUUUUCCCACAAGAUGUAGUAAAAAAAAUUAAUGAAAUGGAUAGCACAAGUUAUUCUCAGUCUCGGGUUAGGUAUGGGAGCUGGUGGGAUGGCUUUGAUUUAGAAUCCAGAAAUGCCGAUACAUGGAGUUCAAGCGAGCAAGAAUCUGUAUUUCAGAGUCCUGUCUUAUGGAAAGAUAGUAAAGCAAGCCCUUUAUUACAGGAACACAGCACUGAAAGAAGAGCUUCAGAUUCUGUAUUUUUGCAAAAACAGCCAAAGGAAGGGGAAUACACAAGAUCAGGUCUCUGGGAUAAUCAAUUUAAGCAAGAUAAUCAGAACUUAGAGAAUAAUGAGAAAAACAUUGAACAUUCAUGUCUGCAGACUGCUUCUUCGGUGCAGACAGGGCAAGAGCUGGAGAACUUUACUGACCCAUGGAAAGCAGAUCAGCCAUUACCUGUGGUAUCAGAUGUGUGGUAUACUGGUGAAGGGAAAGGUGGUGAACAAGCUGGAGAUUCUUAUGAAGUCUGGGCUAGGUUUGAUGCUAAAUCCUCAGAAAAUGUAUGGAACAUGCCCAAACUGGACAGAGAAAAAAAAUCAGUGAACAAUGUAGAGGAAUGGGCCGUAUCAAAAACUAGCUUAUCAGACUCUUCAGAUAUUGUAGCAGAUAGUGAUAAUGCACCUAUUCAGAUGUCUCCAGAAGCCUGGGAUAAGGAGAGAUUCUGUUCAGUAGAAGAAUAUGGAACAUCUGAAAAUACAAAUUCUAGUAUUAACAAUAUGCAAAACAAUCUCAAGUUACAAACAGAGGAAAAAAAUCUAUUAGUUGGGCCUAAACAUAGACCGAAUCAAUUUGAAAAUAUAGACACCUGGAAUUUAUAUGAUAAAAACAUCAUGAAAGAAGUAACAGAAGUAGUGGUGCCUUGGGAAGAUACUUUCUUGGCGUAUAAAUGCUCAGACCUUAGCUCAUCAAACAUUGGUGAAGAUUUAGUUGUUUCUCCACUAGAUACCAAUUAUUCAACAUCUGACUCAUAUAUAUCACCUACAUAUGUGGGAGAUGAAAGAGAAAAUGAGGACAAUGAUUUUGACAAAGAAGCAGUAACUGAUAAAUUUAUAAAGCCAAAUUUAGAUGGACCAGAAGUAUUUGAGAAAGCAAAUAAAGAACCAUUAUCCCCUACAAACAUGCCUCUCUCAAGCUCUAGAAACACAACCAUCUGGAACACACCUUUAAAUAAUGAAACCCACUUAAAAGAAAUAAAUUCUCAGAUUACUGCUCUUUCUGCCACUGGUACACCUGUUCUUAAUUCAGAACAAACAGCUAAUCACUAUGUUUCAACUGAUGAAAAGACUGAUGAAAAUAACUUUUCUGUCCCUCAAAACAGAAAAAUAGCACCAGUAUACAGUCAAAAAGUGAAUGACUUGUCACCUUCACAGAAUGAACUAAAUAUUAUAUAUAGAUCUGAAAAUGUAAAAGUGGUGAGCAGUAUUCCUGUAGAAGACACAGACCCAUCUACAACCACUUUGGAUAAUGGUAAUGAUUUGAACCUGAAAGCAUUUAAUUUAGGAAGUGAGAUACUGGGAACAGAAGAAACACAACACACUGCUGUUAAUGAUGAAAAGCUGGAUAGUUGGCAGUCAGUGCUGGAGCCAAACUCACAGAGUGUACAGGCAGAGCAGAAUUGUGGGGAAGCCUGGGAGAAUGACAAUACUGUUGUCUCCUCUCAGGAAAGAAAAGAGGAAUUGAUAGAUGGAACAGAGGGGCAGCAAAAUUAUAUUAGUGAUGCCUUUAAGAAACCAAUGCAAGAUGACAGUCAAUCUUCAUGCAGCGCUGAUUCAAAAGAAAAUAGGUCAGUGUGUGAAGUUCCCAGCUCACGAGAGGAAAUGCAGAAUAGUGUCAGUUUGGAAACUUUAGACAGAGAGAACAUGUCAUUCUCCAAUGACAGUAAUUUAGUCAGUCAGGAGGAGAGGAAGGAAAUAUUACAGGACAAAGCAGAAUCUUCUUCAAGUGCUACUGAGGAAGAUAGAAAUUAUGAACUUUUUGAUGACUCCAAGCAACAAGACUACAGUUGUUGUGAAAUGUCAUAUAUACUUCCUGAGAAAGAUGAGGAGACUGCAGCAAUAGAUCAUUCACUGAGUCCUGAGACAGAGAGUGUCUCUGAAAGCUCUGAAAGAGGUAGUAGUAAUCAUGAAGAUAAUUCUAAAGUGACUGGAAACAUAGACAUCUGCAGCGACUCCGGGGAGAGUGGUUCUCACUUAGCCACGUCAGWUCCUUCGAUUAAUGAAGUAGCAGAAGAGCAGAAAGAAGAGAAGGAGGGCUUACACAAUGUGGUUGCUAAUAAUUUAGGCCUUUGUAGUGUUGAGUCUUCUGAAUAUAGCCCAGAACUGGGCAGCACUCAUGAAAAAUCUUUCCCAGAUGAGUCUCCACAAGCUAAAUUUCAGGAAAGUACUUCUGCCUAUGUCAGUGUUCCUGAUGUUACAGAUACGUCUGUGGUUGAAAGUCAAUUUUCACAUGACAUAGAUGCUGGGAAAAUGGAAAAUUCUGAAAAUUUAUCAUCUGCUAAUAACCUUUUUGAGGAGGAGUGUAUGACACUUCAUGACAGUUUUCCCCAAACUGCUUGGAAUUCACAGCCAGGUGAAGAUUUGCAAUCUCCUGGAACUAGUCCUGAGGCAAGUGAAGUCCUUGAUAUGGCAAACACCACAAGCAGCAUUUCUAAAGAUAUACAAAUCAAAAGUUAUUUAGAAGAAGAUAGUAUAUGGAGUGAUUCCAUAAAUGAUUAUACACACUCAAGUGGAACAAGCCCUGAUUUAAGUGAUGCAUCUGUGAAUGCAUGGGGAGACCCUCCAGUUGCUACUCAUCAAAAAGACAGUAAAGAUAGGUGGGAUCUUACAAAGGGUAAGCAACCUGAGGAAGCUCCUAAAAGAAGUGAAUUUGAGAAUAAAUGUCAAGAAGGACUUGAAACAAGCACUGAACACAAAAUUCCUAAAUAUUUAGAUUUUUGGAAUGCCCAUGUAGAUGAUGAUACUGUGUCUUCCUUGUCAAGUCCUGAAAUAAAUGAGGAUUCAGAGAGUUCAGAUGCAUGUCCAGCAGUGAUUAAUGAAGAUUCCAUGUGUGAAAAAAUGUACAAGGUAUCUGAAAUUGAAGAGGAUUAUUAUACACAAAACAAUGCGAUAAGUCUCGAAACAGAUGAAAACAAUUUAUAUGCAAAAGCCAAGGUGGGAGAGGUGGUUCAGGUAGGCAUCUUGAAUGAGAAUCCUGAAGUAAUUAAAGCUGAGAGUAUAUCAAAAGUUGGUUUGACUAUAACUGAGUCUGAUGAGGCUUCCAAACAUUUGCAGCACUGGGAAAGACUUCAGAAAAAACCGCAUGAGACUACUUUCAGUGAAGGAACAGGUACUGCAGAAGACUCAUGUUGGCAUCAAGUUGAUGAAGAUACCACACCAACUUUUCCAGUUGGUGAUAAAGAAGAAUAUUCUUCAAAAGCUUCAGAUGCAUGGAAUAUGCCACUAGAAGCUGCUUUAAGAUUUGAACCAAAGUCUACAGUAGAAAUGUUUGUUUUUCCAGGUGACAGUUCAGAGUGGUGGAAGUCACAAAGCUGUGAAGAAAAGCCAAUGGAAGAUCAAUAUUCUACUUCAAGUGCUUCUGUAGUAAACCAGUUAAUAAACAGUAAUCAGGACUCAUGGGGACCACCUAUACCAAAUGAAGAGCUAGAAGAUGCACAUUUCACUGAUACUGGUAAUGAAGGAAUUCAGCAUCUCCACCUAUACAGCAGUGAAAAAGAAAAUGAAAAGCUAGCACAGAUUAUGGAUGUUCAUGAUAGUCAAAUAAAUCAAAAUACUGUGCAGUUCAAAGAAUUUGAUCCUUUCAUACUAGAUAAAAAAGAAAGGGACUUUAAAGAGCAAUCUCUUCCUACAGAUGAAGGAGAACAGCUGACUCCACAAAAUCUUUCUUCAGAAGAUUAUGAACCAAGUAUGUCAAAUACACCAGUUCAAGAAAACCCAGUGCUUGCUGAACCAAAUGACAGUGAGACAGAUGCAAGUCUCAUUCCUCAUGAAGAACAACUGAAUACCUGCGAAACAUCAGAGAUGCACAACUCCUUGUCAAGUGCUUUCACCGUAGAAGACUUAUCUUUUGAAAUGAGAGAGAAAUCAAGUCCAGGGUGGAAUAUAUUAGUUCCCCAGCCUGCACUUAUUCCAGAUAUUUUACAGGAUAACACCCAAGAAAGUAAUAAUCUAUUUUCAGUGAAACCUGAUCUGUGGACUAAUGCUGAACAGUUCUUCACUUUGAAAGGAAAUAAUGAAAAUCCUGAUAUAUUAAGUCACUGUGACCAAGACAAUAGUUCAGAUACAUCAAGCAGCCCAGACGUGUGCCAGGAGUAUGAUGCUAGGCAUGCCUCUCUGCCAUCUUCUCAGACUGAUGUGGAGCCUGAAGACAGUCAGAUGAUUUGCACAUUGUCAGAUAUGAGUAAAGAGAUAGAUUUUGAUUCAAAGUCCCUAUUAGCAAUGCAGAAUUUGGAAGCACAGUCUGAAAGUGAAAGUCCCCAGUACUAUGGUCAAAGACAGAGAGAUGAAUCUUAUCAACUAAUCUCUUCUAACGUGCAGAAACCUUCUGCAUUUGAAAUUUUGGAAGAAUAUGGCCCAGAAAGGAAGCUUGUUACUGAGCAAAUCGAGCCAGUUAAGAUGCCUGCUGAAGUUUUAGGAGUAACAUCCUUAGAUCCCAAAGAUAUAUUUCAUGAAAGUAUUAGUGCUGCAAGUCCUCAAGACACUGAACUUGAUUCAGCUCAAAUAGUGAUCUCCCAAACACAUUUUAUUCCUAAUGAUUUCACUCUGCCUGAUAUGCCAGAACAAAGCUUAAAAGAAAUAAGUGCCUUGGCUGAAAUUGGAAAAUAUUCUGAUACUGAGCAAACAGCAAUAAAUAGUGAUGAACUAGAAAUAACAGAUGAAUGCUUGGAUGGAUCUAAGACUAGUACAGAACAUAACAUCAGUGACACAUCUGUCACUAAUAUGCCAUCAAGUACAAGAAUCAACACAUGGACAGCAGUGGGCAGUGAAUCAGCAGAAAGGGAUCCAAAUGCUAUACAGCUGUUCUCCAGGUCUUCUCUGCCUGAUGAUAAUGAAGACUGUGACUCUGAUUCAAAGCAUCAGUUGGUUGACGACUUAAUAGAAGAACCCAAGCAUAAAAUUGAAAAUGAUGCUUUUCUACUUAAGGGAAUCCCUAGUGAUCAAUUGCCAGUGAUGUGCACUCCACCUUCCCAUGUAUCUCUUGGUGCUGAAGCCUCUGGCAGCAGAGAGUGUGCUGAGGAUGAGCUCUUGUUACAGAAGCCGUUUUGUGACAGUGGUUCUUUGGAAAAGCCUGUAUCUCUAUUUACCUCUCAGGAAGAUGCAGAAGGCACCCUAAUGAUGAAAGAUGACAGCAUCAAAGAUCAGGUGCCUGACACAUCCACAGAGUGCCCUCAGGAGGAUCCCCUGUUGAUGUCUCCACCCUUGAGGUCUGAAGUAGCUCCAGGAGCUGCUGUAUUGAAAGAAAUCGAACAUGAAGCAGAAACAACUGAUCUUCAUUCACCACCAGGUGGAGAUAAAAGAUCAUCCAAUGAAGCCGCCACUGACCUACUUUAUGGAGAGAAUAAGUCGAGAAAUUCCUCUGAGAGCUCUGAGCUGGCAAGUACGGAAGGUAAGGAAGAUAUGAGGAUGCAGGUGCACCAAGACCAAACUUCACUGGAGAUGGAUUACAUCCUUGUUACUGGGGAAGAAAAUACACCUUCAAGGGAGGAUACUCUUGAAAUAAAAGGAAGUGAUUUUGCAUUUCAAGAAGCUAAUGUAGCUGAACAAACAGAAUCUCAUGAAGGCUUUUCACCAGGCUUCUCAGAUACUUUUCAGCCAAUUUCCGUAAUAAAUGAAAGAGAAGGCCAGUGUGCUUGUGAGGUUGAAUGGGACUCUGUUAACUUAGCAGCGAAAAGUUCUUCUGUCAUGCCUCAAAAACCGGAUAAUGAAAGGAGAUCACCGGAAAACUGUGGCCAAGAUGAAGGCUGGAUUGUUUUGGGUCAAACUGAAAUUGGUGGCAUAUCACCUGAGGAAAUUUCUGACAGAUUAGAGACUGCAAAAUCAGGAGCUGGACAUUCUGGCAAAGAACUGGAAGAUGCUGCAAAGCAAGAAUCAGUUCCUGAUGCUCAAGCAGAAUAUCAGCUAGAAGCUCCUCUUCACGAAUCCUCUGAACAUGGGGGCUGUGCUCCCUCGGGCAGUCUGACUACUGAGGAUGAGAAUACCACAGAAACAGAUGCCCUUGCUUUGCAGGUGGCUGGUGGUGAUGAUAUACGGGAACCAAGUUCUCAACAGGGACUCGGAAAUAACGUAGUAGCAGAACAAGAAAUGGAGGAAGAAACCAUGUUUCUCAGCAGUGAAAGGAAACUGAGUCAAAAAUCAGGAUUGCCACUGGAGGAUGUGGGAAUGGACAUCCCCUUUGUUGAGGGUGUAUUAAGCCCAGAUUCUACAGAAAUGAGACCUGAACCUCCCAAUUCUCUUGAUCUGAAUAUCUCCCAUACCAGAAGAAUAAAGCUCACAGCUCCAAAUAUCAAUCUGUCUUUGGACCACAGUGAAGGAUCGGUACUUUCUGAUGAUAAUUUGGAUACCCCAGAUGAAAUUGACAUCAACGUAGAUGACCUUGACACUCCYGAUGAAGCGGAUUCUUUUGAAUACAGUGGACAAGAACACCAGACAGGCAUUAAGGAUGCUUCCCAGGAGGAGUCUGAAUCAAUUCCAGAAUACACUGCUGAGGAGGAGAGAGAGGACAAUAGGUUAUGGAGAACGGUGGUUAUUGGAGAACAAGAGCAAAGRAUUGAUAUGAAAGUCAUUGAACCCUACAAAAAGGUCAUUUCACAUGGAGGAUACUAUGGUGAUGGUCUGAAUGCUAUCAUUGUGUUURCUGCAUGCUUCUUGCCAGACAGCAGUCGAACUGAUUACAACUAUGUCAUGGAAAAUCUUUUCCUGUAUGUAAUAAGUACCUUAGAACUGAUGGUGGCGGAAGACUAUAUGAUUGUCUACUUGAAUGGAGCAACGCCAAGGAGGAGGAUGCCAGGACUUGGCUGGAUGAAAAAAUGUUACCAGAUGAUUGAUCGACGAUUAAGGAAGAACCUGAAAUCAUUUAUUAUUGUCCAUCCAUCAUGGUUUAUCAGGACAAUCCUGGCUCUGACACGACCUUUYAUAAGCUCUAAGUUCAGCAGUAAGAUACAGUAUGUCAGCACCCUGGCAGAGCUCCGUGAGAUGAUUCCAAUGGAAUAUGUGCACAUACCCGAGAGCAUUGUCAAACUGGAUGAAGAGCUGAGGGAAGCUUCAGAAACAGCUAAAACUGGCUGCCUCACAAAUGAUCCAGAAAUGACUUCAAUGGAGCAGGACAUGGACAUGAGCCUGAAAUAAAAAGCACUGCUUGCAGGCAUUUGAAGAAGAGGAUUUGUGUGAACUUUCAACACCCAGAUGCCCAUGGUCAUGGUAUAAAGUAGGCAGUUUCRUUCAGUUUAUUUGUUUUACAGUUCUUCGGUGCCAUUUAGCAACCCAAGAAAAGCAAAAGGGCCAAUCCUGUUGCCAUGGAAACGGCAGAAAAUUUGACRUAGCUGUAUAUGUUGUCUUCAGAAAUACAGUUCGGAUUAAGAAUGUUCUGUCAUUUAACAUUGGUUUAUAUAAGUGUGUGCAGUUUCUGUUUAAAAAUACUGUGCUAUUUUACCAAUGAUGUGCCUCGUCAGUGAGUCAGUAAGGGUGUAGUUUCAGUUUUGUUUUCAGCGUAUUAAUGUUGAUGUAUAACAAACCAGAACAGUUAUUAUUACAACAAAUAUUAUUAACCUAGUUAAUUUYGCAGACUGACUACAGCUUUAUUUCUUAAAAGAAUUCAAGAAAUAAUACAGGAUUUUUUUUUGAAUGAGUCUGUUUCUUGCUAUCUGAAAAGUCUCCAUAUUCACUUAACCCUACUGGCUUUUGAUUUUGGCCAUAGCAAAAACUAGCAUAUUUUAACACUGGUCAUUAAAGAGGCUUUCCAGGGGACAAGUGAUUAAUUGAAAUGAAUUUUAUUUUAAUAAUUUAGGUUUUUUUUUUAUGAAACCUGUGUAAAAAGCAGCCAAUCCUGCAAACAUUUGACACGUAUUAUGACAAAUUCAAUGUAUUAUGAAAGCCUUGGAACAUUGUUUUCUGAUUGAUGGUUUACUAAACUUGUUUUUCCAGAACUUUUUUUUUUUAAGUUACAAGUCUUAAAAUGGCAUCCUCACUCACAUAUUAAAAGCUAAUAAUCCUGUUAAUGUGGAACAAAUACUUAGUACGUUUUACUAAAAACUGAAGGUUAGAUASAUAAAUCUACAGUUGGAUGUCAUGAUCAUUUGUUAGGGAUGAAUGU